UUAUAUUGGUUGCAGGUUGGAACAACUGUCAACCUCAUCAACAUUUGCCUUCUGAACCUUCGGUCCUGCUGCCAUUUCUGGCAAACUGGUCUGGGUGAAGAUUAGUUAGGGCUUCCCUCAGCAAGGCCUUUCCCUGAAUCAAGAAAAUUCAUCAUCAUAGUCCGUUUCGAUAGACUUUGAGGGUUGAAAACGUUUCACCAAAACAGCGCAGUGAAGCGCUGACGUUUAGCACUAGUUUAUUCAGCUACUUGCUCUUUGGAGUCUAUCAUAUGGGUCGGGGCAGUGAGUCACCCCAAGGCAGUUUUAAGCGCCCACGAGAGUGGUCCCCAAUCCAUGGUAGGUUGAACCAGGUUGAACCGCACUAAUUCAGUUUUGAAACUGAAGCCUGAGGAGCGGCGAGAACAUGGCCGUCGUGUGGGUUUUGAUUGUGUGGCGCUGAAGGAUGAGACCCAGCGGGCGCCGCUGGCAUGUGCCGAUGGUCCACGGACAGGGCACAUGGUAGGAAAAUACCACGUCCAAGUGGAGGAGUUCGAGCGCUUCACUGUGCCAAUCCUCGACCGAGUUCUGGACGAACGGGCUGGCGGUCAAGAGAGGAUCUUCAUUUUUGAUGAGAUUGGCAAGAUGGAGCUGCUAAGCCCUGACUUCAUCUCAAGAAUUCGGAGACUACUGGAAAGCAAAGACCCAAAGUUGCAUGUGCUGGGAACUGUUGCAAUUGCAGGUAGUGGCUUCAUCGCACAGAGCAAACGUUUACCAAGGGUUGAGCUGGUCGAGAUCAGCGUGCAGAAUCGAGAUGAACGAGCAGAGGAGGUUGCAGCUCGAUUCCUGGGCACCGAUUCAGGCUGUGAAGGGGGCACCGGUGGGAGUGGGCCGUCACCGGAGAAGACUCAAGGAGGACGGGGCGGGGGCCAAAGCGGCAUGAAAGGCCGGUGGCGGCCGAAAGCCAAACUGAGCCCCGGACCCGAAGCUGAACCAAACUUUGAUCCUCCACCAAGAGAUCAAAAAGGUGUUCUUGCCAUGGGCAAAGCUAGCUAUGGCCAGCUUGGAAGAGGAGACAAAGGUUUGGCAGAAACCUCUGGAGAUCCCAUUGGACCUUGUGGAGUUGAUGGUCAGAUUGUCGCUGCAUCUUGUGGCUUUGAUCACACAGCCAUUGUUCUCCCUGAGAGCCUCCUUUUAUGUGGGCGAAACAAUCGCGGUCAAUGUGGCCGGCCGACCAGUGGCCGACGUUCUGAAAAGGAUCUCCCAGACUUUUCGGAAGAUGUUGCACUUCCCCAGAUUCCUCAUGGCCUUGCAAGACAUGACAAGGUCAAAAGUGUUGCCUGUGGUGGCGACCACACCCUGGUGCUGAUGGACAACAGGGAGGUUUGGGCUUGCGGCGAUAACUCCGCCGGUCAACUUGCUUUGGGCACUGGCGCGCCAAAAAUGUCUUCAAGCUUACUGCCUUGUGCGACCCUGCAAUCUGCAGAAUCAGUGGCUGCUGGCUUCAAACAUAGUGCGGCCAUUUGCAAAGAACGCUUGUACCUAUGGGGUGCAAAUAAUCAGGGGCAGCUAGGCCUUGGUCGACGUCAAAAUUCUGUCCACGAGCCUGUCUUGGUGGAUCUCGGAGCGCCUGUCCGUUCUUGUGCUUUGGGGCGUUGGCAUUCGUUGGCUCUCACUGUAACCAGUGUGGUAUUUUCCUUCGGCUGGGGCCGCUUUGGUGUGCUUGGCCAAGGGGAUUUCACAGAUCAUCACAGCCCGGUGAGGGUUGAGCUCCCAGCUCCAGUGUAUCAGAUCGCCUCUGGAGCCGUGCAUUGUGGAGCUAUCUGCAGCCCUAAACGACAGUGUUUUAUGUGGGGCCGAGGCUCCUUGGGGCGCUCGGGUAUGGGUUCAGAAGCCAAUGUGAUGACGCCUCGAGCUGUUCCAGGCCUGGAAGGUCUUGCAGCAUUGGCACUUGGUGGAGACUUCUCAGCUGCAGUCAGUGCUGUGGGUGAAUGGUGGCUGUGGGGCAAAAAUGAAGAAGGUCAGCUGGGCUUCGGUAGCGAUCGUGAGAAUCGUUUGGUGCCGACACGAUCUGCUGCUUUGACAGGCUUCCGACACAUUGCUCUCGGAGAUUGUCAUGCUUUGGCAUUUCGUUGACCAAAGAUUCAUUGUGCCCAAAAAGCUUGGCAGUUUUCGCCAGCAAAUGAGCCAUAUGGCAUCAUAUGGCCAUAUCAUGCC